CAGCUGUUGGCAUGGGACCGUCUGGAAUGAAAUCAUUGUCAAAGGCCCUUCAGAACACACACUGUAAAAUGAAGACACUGUGGUUAGGUGGUAACACCAUUGAAGAUUCAGGAAUAAAGUCUCUGUCAAAGGCCCUGAAGAGCUCAUAUUGUAAACUUGAGAUUACUGACUUGUGUGCUGUCGAAAUGAGAGAUGACGGAAUUAAAGUUUUAUCAGAGGCACUGAUGAACCCAAAGAACAAUCUGCAUGACUUGUACCUUUCUGACAACAAAUUUCAAGCAUCAGGGGCACAGUGUCUAGCAAAAGCUCUGCAGAGUCAGUUUUGCAAACUAAGUUAUCUUCGGUUACGUAGUAACCGACUGGGUAAUGCAGGAGUCAAAGUCCUUGUUGACGCACAACAGCAUCCAAACUGCAAACUAAAACAACUGGAACUAGACAAUAGUGAAGUGAUUGAAGCAAGAAUACAGUGGUGGCCAGAAGCCCUCAAAAGCCCAUGCGGUAAACUAGAUAUCCUGGAGUGUAAUGAAGAAGGAGAUUCGGGACUGAAGGCAAUGCUGGAGGCCCUGGAGAAUCUAGAUAAUCCAAAAUACCUUGGGUUACACAGUAGUGAAGUAGGGGACUCAGGAAUUGAACUGCUGUGCAAGUUUUUGAAGAGGACUAGUUAUAAACUGGAAAACCUAAAAUCAAACAUUUGUGAAAUGAGUGACUUCAUGACUGAACGGCUGCAUAAACUUCUAAAGACUACAGAAAGUGACUUGGAAUACCUGGAGUUGCACCAUAACAAAAUUGGAGAUACAGGAGCAAAGAUGUUAGCUGAGGUCCUGAAGACUCCAUAUUGUACAGUGCAACAGUUGGACAUAUGGCAAAACAGUCUAAGUGAAGAUAUGGAGAGAGAACUGAAGUCACUUGAACAAGAGCUUAGGUUAUCCAGACCAGGAAUAAUUAUAAAUGUGUGACCAGAAUAUCACAAACAUCCGUACUUUCCAGAAGAAAAGGGGAAAUAAGAUGCAUCUUUGUGAAGAAAGAAGAGGAAGACUAUAGCUUUACCUCAGGCAUACAAGUAUCAUGUACUUAUGAAUGUUUUAUGAACUGAUGAAGUAACUUUCUGACUGUACACAUAAUGUUGUACAUAAAUGUGAGUUGUUAUUUAUAAAACACACAUCUCUGCUUAGAAAUAUAUUUUAAGGACUGAACAUAAACAGCACUGUAUACAGUUCAAGCACAGCAAGUAUAAUAAUGAAUUACACAGAAUUCCCUUAAUUUCUAAAUGGUAUGUUAACUUCUGCACUUACAAUGCUAAGUAUCUUCCAUAUCAUACAAAUAUUCUGCAUUCUUUGAGAAGACAGGACUGAAGUAACUCACUCAAGCCUAAAGAGCUUUUUUGUAUACUUCCACUUCACACCCAUACCUCUUUAUGGUGUUGAGUAUUUUUUCGAUCUGUCUUCUUUAAAUAAUUCUUACCAGCUAAUAACUGGCAGUAUUAGAAAGGAUUAGGAAUUAAUAACAUGACACUAGAUUGUUAGUGUUGGAUGUCCUGCAGUGGAUAAAUUAAACUUUGUUUGCCACUUAUUCAUAUUUUCAUAUUUAUGUUCACAUUUUCAUAAGUGAGAGACCUACAUUUUAUUGAGGUAUGUGGUGUGGAACACCAGUAUGUGAGACAGGACAAUUCACUGAAAAUGCUGAUUUAUAUCACACUAUACUGGAAAUAUUGAUAAUUGUUUAUUAGUAAUUAUGAAAAUAAGAAGUAUUUCCAUAUUUACUUAAUACUUCAAAAACAAAGUGCAUUACAGACUGUUACAUGACAUCAGGUGAAACUGUAGAUAUUGUUGAACAAAAGUGUCUAAUAUUUGUACUGUAAGUUGCAUAUCUUGAGAGCUAUCUAGUAUUACUUUGUUAACUGUACAGUUAAACGUUUUUAUUUUUCUGUAAAUGUCUCAAUAAACAUGCACUUAUAGAGGAA